CUCAAAUCCAACGAAUUUGAUCGUAUACUAUUUAUUUCGUAGAAAAACAUCAUUAAUUAACAAAUUAUGGAAGAACCGGAGCCUACUAAACGCCAGAAGAUGCCCAAAGUGGCUAAAGUGAAAAACAAAGCCCCAGCUGAAAUCCAGAUCACAGCCGAACAGCUAUUGAGAGAGGCGAAAGAAAGAGACUUGGAAAUCCUCCCGCCGCCGCCGAAGCAGAAAAUUUCUGAUCCGGCGGAGUUGGCCGACUAUCAAUUGAGGCGCAGAAAACAGUUCGAAGAUAACAUCAGAAAAAAUAGGACGGUCAUUUCGAACUGGAUCAAAUAUGCCCAAUGGGAGGAAUCGCAGAAGGAAAUACAAAGGUGCAGGUCGAUAUGGGAAAGAGCUCUCGAUGUGGACCACAGAAACAUUACCAUUUGGUUGAAAUACACGGAAAUGGAAAUGCGGAACAGACAAGUAAAUCACGCCAGAAACUUAUGGGACAGAGCCACAGUUCUUUUACCCAGAGUAAAUCAGUUUUGGUACAAGUACACCUAUAUGGAGGAAAUGCUGGAAAAUGUAGCUGGAGCAAGAGCAGUAUUCGAAAGAUGGAUGGAUUGGCAACCCGAUGAGCAAGCUUGGCAAACUUACAUUAAUUUUGAACUGAGAUACAAAGAAAUUGACAGAGCCAGGCAAAUAUACGAAAGAUUUGUUAUAACGCACCCGGAAGUGAAACAUUGGAUUAAAUACGCCCGGUUCGAAGAAAAUCACGGUUUUAUCCAUUCCGCUAGGCAGAUUUAUGAAAGAGCUGUCCAGUUUUAUGGAGAUGAUCACUUGGAUGAGAAGCUUUACAUAGCUUUUGCCAGAUUCGAAGAAAACCAAAAGGAACACGAUAGAGCUAGAGUUAUCUACAAAUACGCUUUAGAUCACAUUCCUAAGGAUGAAACGAAGGAACUCUAUAAAGCAUAUACCAUCCACGAGAAGAAAUAUGGAGACAGAAGCGGUAUCGAGGAAGUUAUAAUGUCUAAAAGAAAACUGCAGUACGAACAAGAAAUACUCCAAAAUCCCACCAAUUAUGAUGCUUGGUUCGAUUACCUGAGACUCGUAGAAGGAGAGGCUGAUUUGGAAAUAACCCGAGAAACCUACGAGAGAGCCAUUGCAAAUAUACCUCCAUCGAAAAACAAACAAUACUGGAGAAGAUACAUUUAUUUGUGGAUCAAUUACGCUUUAUUCGAAGAACUGGAAGCGAAGGAUUACGAACGAACCAGACAGGUGUAUAAAGCCUGCCUGGAAAUCCUGCCGCAUAAAACGUUUACGUUUUCCAAAAUCUGGCUGCUCUACGCGCAGUUCGAAGUGCGCCAGAAAUGUUUAAAAGCGGCCCGGAAAAUUCUAGGCAUGUCCAUUGGAAUGUGCCCUCGGGAUAAAUUGUUCCGGGGUUACAUAGAGCUGGAGAUACAGCUCCGGGAGUUCGAUAGAUGUCGAAAGCUGUACGAGAAAUUCCUGGAGUUCGGUCCGGAAAAUUGCGUUACUUGGAUGAAAUUCGCGGAACUUGAGACCCUAUUGGGCGAUACCGACAGAGCGAGAGGCAUCUAUGAAUUGGCUAUAAACCAACCGAGAUUAGACAUGCCGGAAUUACUCUGGAAAGCUUACAUAGACUUCGAGAUAUCUCAAGAGGAGCCCAAUAACGCCAGGCAAAUCUACGAAAGAUUGUUAGAGAGAACUUCCCACGUCAAAGUGUGGCUUUCGUACGCUAAAUUCGAAUUGAAUAAUCCUAGCGAGGAAGAUUUCAACGUACGAUUGGCCAGAAGGAUUUUCGAGAGAGCCAACGAGAAUUUGAAAAACGUCCCUGAAAAGGAAGCCAGGGUGUUACUGUUGGAAAACUGGAAGGAAUUCGAAAACAAUCACGGCGAUGACGAGCACAAAGAAAAAGUCAACGCCAAGAUGCCCAAGAGAAUCAAAAAGAGGCAGAAGGUUAUCGAUGAGGAUGGCGUGGAGCAAGGCUGGGAAGAGGUGUUUGAUUAUAUAUUCCCCGAAGAUGAAGCAAGCAGGCCUAACUUGAAGCUACUAGCAGCUGCUAAAAACUGGAAGAAGAAUACAGACGAACCGGAUGAGGAUUCAGAAAAUCGACCGAGCCUUUCCAGCAGUAGCCAAAGGAUGAAAGAAAAGUUAUUAGCCUCCGUGAAAAAUUGGAAGAAUAACGACAAAGAAAACAGCGAUUCUAAUAAAGAUGACGGCUCAAAUGAAGAGGAAGUUCAAAUCGAUAACAAUGAAGUAGAAAAUUAA